CAGCUUGUACAUGAGCCUGGCCUAGGGGUGACGGGCAGGGAAAGUGUCUGGAGCUGAAUCACUUUCUGAGAGCAACAGAGGGAAGCUGUGUGGUGAACUUGACCUUUUCAGAUGAUGGCAGCCAAGCAGACAGAACCUGUCACCAUCAUUAGCCUCAGGAAGCUGAGCCCGGGGACCCCAGAGCCACAGCUUAAAGAGACAAAGACAUUCACGGUGGAAGACGCUGUGGAGACAAUCGGAUUUGGACGCUUCCACAUCGCCCUCUUUCUCAUCAUGGGCAGCACCGGGGUGGCUGAGGCGAUGGAGAUCAUGCUGAUCGCUGUGGUGUCUCCUGUCAUCCGCUGUGAGUGGCAGCUGGAGAACUGGCAGGUGGCUCUGGUGACCACGAUGGUGUUUUUCGGCUACAUGGUGUUCAGCAUCCUCUUCGGGGUCCUGGCAGACAGAUACGGUCGCUGGAAGAUUCUGUUCAUCUCGUUCCUGUGGGGAGCCUACUUCUCCCUGCUGACCUCCUUCUCUCCCUCCUACAUCUGGUUUGUCUUCCUGAGGACCAUGGUGGGCUGUGGCGUGUCCGGACACUCACAAGGGUUAAUCAUAAAGACUGAAUUUCUGCCUACAAAAUACCGUGGCUAUAUGCUGCCUUUAUCACAGGUCUUCUGGCUGGCGGGCUCUCUGCUCAUCAUCGGGAUGGCGUCCGUGGUCAUUCCCACCAUAGGGUGGCGCUGGCUCAUCCGCAUCGCCUCCAUUCCAGGCAUUGUGCUCAUCAUGGCCUUCAAGUUCAUCCCCGAGUCUGCCCGCUUCAACGUGUCCACUGGGAACACACAGGCCGCUCUGGCCACGCUGGAACGCAUCGCCAAGAUGAACCGCUCAGUCAUGCCCGAGGGGCAGCUGGUGGAGCCUGUCUUGGAAAAGAGAGGAAGAUUUGCAGAUCUCUUGGAUGCUAAGUAUUUACGGACCACUUUGCAGAUCUGGAUCAUAUGGUUGGGCAUCUCCUUUGCCUACUACGGCGUCAUCCUGGCCAGUGCUGAGCUGCUAGAGCGGGACCUGGUUUGUGGCUCUGGGUCCAAGUCCAAGCCUGAGACUCCAGCUGCAGUGGCCAUGGGGGUGUCUGAGGAGAGCCAGAGCCCCUGCCACUGCCACAUGUUCGCGCCCUCGGACUACAGGACCAUGAUCAUCAGCACACUUGGCGAGAUUGCAUUGAACCCCUUGAAUAUCCUGGGCAUCAAUUUCCUGGGCCGGCGGCUGAGCCUCUCUAUCACCAUGGGAUGCACGGCUCUGUUCUUCCUCCUCCUCAACAUCUGCACGUCUAGCGCCGGUCUGAUUGGCUUCCUGUUCAUGCUUCGGGCCCUGGUGGCCGCCAACUUCAACACCAUCUACAUCUACACAGCAGAGGUCUACCCCACCACCAUGCGGGCUCUGGGCAUGGGGACCAGCGGCUCCCUGUGCCGCAUUGGGGCCAUGGUGGCACCGUUUAUAUCCCAGGUCCUUAUGAGUGCAUCACUCCUGGGUGCCCUGUGUCUUUUCUCUUCUGUUUGUGUCAUCUGUGCCAUUUCUGCCUUUACUCUCCCCAUUGAGACCAAAGGACGGGCCCUACAGCAAGUUAAAUGAAGACCUGCAACCCUGUAUAUACCAGAGAACUGUGGCACAUUUUUUAUAAGUCUGCUUAUUUCUGUAUGCUUCUUUCUGGCAAACAAGAAAUUGAUUCCCCA